UCUGUGGCAGGGGCCCGGGCCAGCCUGGCCGUACAAACAGGAAGGGCAGAGGUGCUGGCAGCUAGAAGCCAGGUCGCUCACAGGCUGCGGAAGGAUCAACUCCUUCCUGUGUGCCCCCGCCCUCCGCUGGGUGCCUGCCACAGGGAGAGCAGGUGGGCUGAAGCAGGCCUGAAGCAGGGUGUGGCUCCUCUGGGGCCCCCCUGCCAGGAAAGAGAUGCCAGGGUGGGGCCAAAGGCCCAGUGCCACCACGAUCACCUCCCCAAACAUUGGGGUGGCUGGAAGGGUGGGGGCUGGUGACAGUCACCUGCUCUGGUCAGGCCCUCACGCUGACCAGUGGGAUCCAGGCCUGGCUGCUGCUUCUAUGCCUUGGGUCUGCCAGAUGGUUUCCGACAGAUCCCACAGCCCUGCCUCCCUCCUUCGCUAUUGCUCAAGGCCCCACCGCAGCUCAGAGGCUCUGUAGGGGGUGGGGAGCCUCAGAGGGGCCAAACUGCCCCCGUCUCCUGCACUUGCCUCUGUCCCCCAUGGGCCUGCUGCCAGCUCCCAGGUUCCCGCCCUGAUGGCAGUCUGGUCCUCACUAGGGGGCAGGAGCUGGAGGAGGCCAGCUGCCCUGAGGAGGGCAGGACAGAGAAGGCAGGGCAGAGGGAGGCCCACAGGAUGGCAUGGGUGGCAGACCUGGCCAACGGUUCCUGGUUGCUGUUCCUUUUAUGACAUCUGGCCCGUAGCCUCCAAGAACCUCACCAGCCUGAGGCCUCCAGGACGCUAAGCGUGCAGGCUGGGAUCUGCCCUGCCAUUUUCAGGACCAAGCAAGAGUCCAGCUGCGGAGAAGGAAGCUAACGGAACACCGUCUCGGCUGAGAGUGGGGUGCAGGUUGGAGAUAAGGGAAGCCUGACUGUGCUUGCUGGCCACAUCUCUAGCUCAGAAAAACUAGAUCAAAAAGGGAAGGAACUGGACCUCCAGGCCAUGGCCUCCGGGCUGGCUGGAGCGGGGGGGAGGGGGGGGGGACUCUGGACUUUAGCCUUCCUUUUCCUGGAGCGGGAGCCAGCCCCCUGCCCGCCCGCGUCAGGGACACAAAGACUCCUUCCCUUUCCAGCUUGGAAAGCCCCCUCCCACCCUCAUCCUGGGCUGUGGGGCCUGGAGGAAGAGACCUGGAGCCCCCAAGGGCAGCCCUCCCACCCCAAGUCCUGCCCAUCAGCAGCUCUUCCCAGCCCGGCCAGGACUCUGGGCCUACCCCCAGUCUGGGACUUCUACGGACAUGUGGCCUGGAACAGGGAAAGAAGGCCCUGCGGCUGCCCACUGUGGACAUGUGCCAGAGCCUUGUGUGGACAGACACUCCUAGGACCCCGGGAAUCUGGGUUCUGGCACAAGGUGUCCUAGAGGGCAGGGGUGGGGUGGGGUGGCCCAGUUAGAAGCAAUGGGAGAAAGCUCAGCCUCCUGGCAGAGCUGAGCACAGCACAUCUGCAGCAUGAGGGGCUGGGAACCCACGGUGGAGCUGACAGCUGGUGAGCAAGGGAAGUAGGUGAUGCCACACUGGGAGGGCUGGCGUUGGCCUGCAGCUCAGUGUGUCGUGGUGUCCAAGGGAAGCACGUCCACGGGCCCAGGUCUGGGUCCUCAAUGUCCGGGAGCCCUCUGGGGAGGGGCUGCCUCCAGCCAGGAUGGCCUCCCCUUCCCUGAGGCUCAGUGGCCCCGCUCCCUCCCCUGUCUCUUGUGCCUGCCCAGAGGCCAGCAGGGGUAGGGGGCAUGGAAGUGGGCACAACUUGGCGCCCCUCCUGUAACUGCCUCCCCCAGCAGCCAGAGGACUAGAGGGAGGCGGGGUGAGGGUGGUGGUUCAUGUCAAAGGUCACCUCCAGGGCGGGGGCAGGGGCGGGGCAGGGGUGGGAAGGUACCCUGGUUUCCCUCAUCCUGGGCAGAUGAAAGAAGUGUGCUUCCAGGUGGGGUUGGGUGCAGCACGCAGCUGUGAUUUCAGGGUGCCUCUGCCUGGUGGCUGCCGUGAUUUGAAAGCCUGGGGUUUCUUGGGUGCCUGAUUCUGGGAGCUGCAGAUGAAUAAUGCCGGGCGUGGCUCCACCCAGAAGCUCCGAGCCCUGUGGGGCCUGGCCGGGGUGGCCCUGCUCACGGUCCUCUGGCUGCUGUGGCUACUCCGCUGGGCCCCUGGGGCAGUCCCGGAACCCCAGUCCACACUCACCAUCCUCAUCUGGCACUGGCCCUUUGCCAACCAGCCCCCGGAGCUGCCCAGCAACACCUGCAGCAGAUACGGCGUGGCCCACUGCCACCUGAGCACCAACCGCAGCCUGCUGGCCACUGCAGAUGCAGUGGUAUUCCACCAUCGCGAGCUGCAGACCCAAAAGAUCCGCCUGCCCCUGGCUGAGCGGCCACAUGGGCAGCCCUGGGUGUGGGUCUCCAUGGAGUCGCCCAGCCACACUCAUGGCCUCGGCCGCUUCCAGGGCGUCUUCAACUGGGUGCUCAGCUACCGCCGCGACUCAGACAUCUUCAUGCCCUAUGGUUGCCUGGAGCCCCAUGAGGGGCCUGCACCGCCGCUGCCGGCCAAGAACGGGGUGGCCGUCUGGGUGGUCAGCAACUUCCAGAAGAGGCAGCGGCGCGUGCAGUUGUACCAGCAGCUGGCACCUCACCUGCGGGUGGACAUGUUUGGCCAUGCCAACAGGCGGCCACUGUGCACCAACUGCCUGCUGCCCACUGUGGCCCGGUACCUCUUCUACCUGGCCUUUGAGAACUCGCAGCACCCAGACUACAUCACUGAAAAGUUCUGGCACAACGCACUGGCGGCCGGCACCGUGCCGGUGGUGUUGGGGCCCCCCAGGGCCACCUACGAGGCCUUCGUACCACCUGACGCCUUCGUGCAUGUGGACGACUUUGGCUCGGCCCAAGAGCUGGCUGCCUUCCUCACCGGCAUGAACGAGAGUCAGUAUCGGAGCUACUUUGCCUGGCGACAUCGGUUCCGUGUGCGGCGGUUAGUCGACUGGCAGGAGCGCUUCUGUGCCAUCUGUGCCCGCUACCCCCACCUGCCCCGGGACCAGGUCUACCAGGACCUCCAGGGCUGGUUCCAGGCCAGAACUCCGCAGGCAGGGGAGGCGAGGCUGGCUGGGUGCGGGCGGUGUGGGUCGACAGCUGGGUGUUGAAAUCAAACCACCAGGCAUCCGGCUCCCCAGGCAGCCAUCAGGCUAAUGUGGAGGUGGGGGUGGGAGGCCAGGAGCAGAAUGGGGGAGGAAUGGGCGGGUCUGGGCAGGCUGCCUGGAGGAAGAGGCUGGUGGGCAUUGGGGCAGGCAUUUGGGGGUGGAGGUGAGAGCAGGGAGGGAGUUAAUGGGGGUGCAUGUUGCUGAGGCCCAUUGAAGACCAGAGGCUGCUAAGGCCCUCCCUCCCGACCUUGAUCAAAUCUUGGGUGGGUCAAGGCUGAACCCUUGAUGUGGGCAUGUGAGGAUGUGGGGCUGAGACAGGCUAGAGGCAGGGCCCUUGGGGCUGAAGACAUGCCAUCCUGUGGUUUGUGGGGACAAACCCUGGGUCCCCCGAGCCUCCUCUGCACCCAAGGUCCCAGGAUGUGCAGUCACGCCGUCCACCCCACCCAUAGUUCUGGAGCUCCAGUGUGCCGGUCUGUGUAGGCUGGGGCCCUGGGCUGAGGGAGCCAGGUGGUCCUUACAGCUAUCUCCACGACCGCACCCCCCCACCCCCACACUAAUUUCUGACCUAAUGAGGUCUUGUGGGAGUGUCUCGGAACAAUGAGACCUGUGUGGAAUGAUAUCCGUUAUCUCCCUUUAUUUGCAUAGGGUGGGACACAAUGGCGCUGUCCUGGGGGCUGUGCAGGCUGUGUGAAGGCACAGUACAUGUUGGAAUACAGUGGGAGCUGGUUAAUGGAAAACAGCCUUAAGGCACGUAGCACAUGGGUCUUCGAGUAAUCCAAUUUCACUUCCUUUGAAAUUUUCUCAAUAAAAGCCAAAAGAAGACCCGAUUCGGGGCUCAGUCUUACAGGCUGAGCUCUGCCCACUCCCCUUGGUCUCGUUCCUAUCUGACUUUUGUCUCAUGAGUACUUAUUCAAUCUGCGUCUCCCCUCUCGUGUCCCAUUUGUGUGGCAAGGGACGCUAAACAUGACAUCUGGCGCCCAACUGUGGGAGCUCAAAGAAAGGAAGGCGGACUACAAAUCUUCACCACGGAUUUCAUGGCGCAGACCCCAGGAUGGGCUGGCACUCUACUUGGUGCUGAAGAACAUCCUUUGUGGGUACCUGGCCAGUGUGUCAAACCUUAUCAUGAGCGACACGCCCAAGAAAAGAAAGUCAAUAUGGCAGAAGAUUGCAAGAUAUGAUUGGCCUCCUAAUUGGCCUGUAGUGGAGGAUACUCGACCUUCGGCACCUCCAAUGAUUGUGAUAUCUAAUCUCUCACUUCAACCAGCCCACCCAAGGCCAACAGCUCCUUCAGCUUUUCUUGUAAUUACUAUCUUACAUAGAACUGAAAGGUUUAUUGGCCUUUUGAUAGCAGCAAUAAUGGGUAUAAUAGCUAUAACCACUGUUGCUGCUGUCUCUGGAGUGGCUCUUCACCAAAUGGUGCAGACUAUUCAAUUUGUACAAUAAUGGCAUGAAAAUGCAAGUAAAACUUGGAGUCAGCAAUUGAGAAUUGAUCAAGAGAUCAGCAUACGUUUGGCUAACUUAGAAACAACUGUUGUUUCUCUUGAUGAUCAAUUGGAAAGUCUCCGGACUAUGAUCACUUUAAAGUGUGAUUGGAAUGUUUCCACUUACUGUGUAACUCCUUUUUCUUACAACCAGACAUGUACCCCAUGGUCUGAGGUACGAGCUCAUCUUUUGGGACAUGUGCCCAACCUGACUGUAGAUAUUCUGCAGUUGCAACAAGAAGUGGAUCAGAUGUCAUCUGCGAAUCUCCAGCUCCUCCGGGAGAGGAUGCCCUUUCCGCGGCUGCGGAAGGAUUGUCUACUCUGAACCCACUCACAUGGAUGAAAAACCUCGGUGAAGGUUUUGCUGGUGCUUUUGCACUCCUAUAUAAUCAUUCUGUUUCUGUUUUGUCUAGUCGUCCGGUGUGGACAGCAAACCCUCUGGCGGGCCAUAGAUGAAGAAACUGCAAAGUCCGUGUUUCUCCUUCUACAAAAACAGAAAGGGGGAGAUGUUGCCUUACAGCUACCUCCACGACCGCCCCCCGCACUAAUCCCUGACCUAACGAGGUUCUGAGGAAGUGUCUCGGAAAGCUGAGACCCGGUGGAAUGAUAUCGGUCAUCUCCCUUUAUUUGUAUAGGACGCGGCACAGUGGCACUGUCCUGGGGGCUGUGCAGGCUGUGUGAAGGCACAGUACAUGUUGGAAUACAGUGGGAGCUGGUUAAUGGAAAACAGCCUUAAGGCACGUGACACACGAAUCUUUGAAUAAUCCAGUUUCACUUCCUUUUAAAUUUUCUCAAUAAAAGCCAAACGAAGACCCGAUUCGGGGCUCAGUCUUACAGGCUGAGCUCUGCCCACUCCCCUUGGUCUUGUUCC